AUGUAUAGCCAGUUAUUGGCAUCAAUAUUGGUUUUAAUAUUUGCAGUUUGGAUACUAAUACCUAUUUCUUCGGUUUCAUUAAUAGCUCAUGUUCAAUAUUUAAAAGGAAAUUUCUAUAAUCUCUCAAAGAGAUGUUUUACAUCGACCGGUACGUUUAAUGAUCAAAGUGGCAAUUAUAGCUCAUACAAUUACUACACUACUUCUUCUCAACCACAAGAUACUGGCUUAUCUUAUAAACUUGCAGUAGCAUAUCAACCAAAAGACAGAGAUGACCCAAUUUACAAGAACUUGAAAUCAUCAUUAGAUUCACCAACUGGAGAGGAUAAUUAUUUUGUAAGGAAAAAUGCUAACAACGAUGUUUAUGUUGGUGUAGCAGAUGGUGUAGGUGGUUGGGCCUCAUACGGCUAUGAUUCAAGUGCUAUUUCUAGAGAGCUAUGCAAAGCUAUGUCAGAUUAUAGUACUAUUAAGAAUCAGAAAAACAGUUUGCCAUUUUAUGAAAUUAAUCCUAAAACAUUAAUAGAUAUUUCUUAUAAUAAAAUAAAGGAUGAAAAAAUCGUGAAUGUUGGAGGCACUACUGCAAUCGUAGGUCAUUUUCCUCCAAGUGGUAAAUUACAGCUGGCCAAUUUAGGUGAUUCUUGGUGUGGUGUUUUCAGAGAUUAUAAAUUAGUAUUUAAGACAAACUUUCAAACAGUAGGGUUUAAUGCUCCAUAUCAACUUGCUAUUAUUCCAAAAGAAUUACUAUCUGGGAAAGAGAACUCUUACAUUCAAAAUAAACCAAGUGAUGCUGAUGAAUAUACUUUCCAAUUAGAAAAGGAUGACAUUAUUUUAUUGGCAACCGAUGGGGUUACCGACAACAUUGCUACUGGGGAUAUGGAAAAUUUCUUUAGAGAUAAUGAAGCAUCAACAGAAGAAGAAUUACAGACUAUUACUAAAAAGUUUGUUAAGGAAGUUGUUGCUAUUAGUAUAGAUCCAGACUUCCCAAGUGUGUUUGCUCAAGAGAUCUCUAAAUUAACAGGAAAGGACUACAGAGGAGGAAAAGAAGAUGAUAUCACAGUGGUAGUUGUAAAAGCUGAAUAG